AUGCCUUUAAUUGUACUCACGGGAUAUCCUAGCAGCGGAAAAACGACUCGCUGUAAGCAGAUUGAGAAAUACUUUCAAGAUUUGAAUAAAAAAGUUCACGUUGUGGCAGAAAGUGAUGUGUUACUUCAGCAAAACAUUGACAAAAAUCCCCUGAGUUUCGAUUCGAAGAAACAAAAAGAGGUUCGUGGAAUUUUAAAAUCCAAUGUAAUAAGAUUAUUAGGUUCAGAUAUCGUUAUAUUGGAUGCGAGCAAUAAUAUCAAAGGGUUUAGAUAUGAACUGUAUUGCGCUUCCAAGUGUCAUAAAACUACGCAAUGUACUAUCGAAUGUGAUAUAUCUCAGGAGAACGCUUGGGAAUUAAACGAUUCUAGGAUUUCAGACAAAUAUACCAGAGAAGCAUUUGAUUUGCUAUGUGGCAUGUACGAAGCACCCAUCUACAACAACAGAUGGGAUUCUCCGUUAAUAACCAUUCAGUUAUCAGAUGAAUUGCCAGGUGAACAGAUAAAAGACGCUUUAUUCAAUAGACAAGCUCCGCCGCCGAAUCAGUCUACUCAAAACGUACCUCUUUGUUCUAGUACAUAUUUAUCGGAUUUGGAUAAAGUCACGAAAGAUGUUAUAAAUGCUAUUUUGUCGUUACAGAGUUUCGGAGUACAUGGUGAUAAUAUUCAGUUGACUGAUUUCAACGUAGAAUUACCAAAGUUAGAUGAUAAGAUUGAUUCGAGAAAGCUAGCUCAUUUGAAAAGACAGUUCAUAUCGUAUAAUAAGUUGAAUCCCAUUGCUGAUACGCCAGAAAAUGUUGCUAAAUCUUUUGUACAAUUUAUUAAUUCCAGUAUUUAUGAUAUAAAAUGAGAUUUUUUACGUGUU